AAAAUCUCAAGGGAGUAAGAGGAGAGAGAGAAAGAGAGAGAGAAGGAAAAACUGAUUUAUUGCUGAGAAAAGUUUUUCUCCUUAAGUCCUCUAGGUCAAGAAGUCAGACAUGGCACAAAGAAUGGAAAGGAGGCAAUGAUCAUUCAGUGCUUGAUCCUGGAGAAGUAAGAGUUCAUCCUGAUGGGAGUGCGAGUCCAUGCCGUGUCAGCCUCUGUCCUGAUGUAUUUCAUCCAGCUUCCUUGGGCAAGAUGUGAGGAGAACUGUGUCAAUUCUGAACAUUGCCUGACCACAGAUUGGGUACAUCUCUGGUAUAUAUGGUUGCUGGUAGUGAUUGGCGCACUGCUCCUGCUGUGUGGCCUGACUUCUGUGUGCUUCCGCUGCUGUCUGAGUUGCCAGCAGAAUAGGGAAGACGAGGGCCAGCCACCCUGUGAAGUGACGGUCAUCGCUUUUGAUCAUGACAGCACUCUCCAGAACACAAUCACUUCCCUGCAGUCAGCGUUCGGCCCCGCGGCUCGAAGAAUCCUGGCAGUGGCUCACUCUCACAGCUCGCUGGGCCGUCUGCCCUCCUCUGUGGACACCCUCCCGGGGUACGAAGAAGCUCUUCGCAUGAGUCGCUUCACGGUUGCAAGGUGUGGGCAGAAAGCUCCUGAUUUAUCCCCAGUGCCGGAAGAAAAGUAACUGCCUCCAACGGAGGAGUUUCCUUGAAUAGAACACUCUUCAAAUUGAUGAGAACUCUGGUUGUAUAAUUGGGGUGGGGGUAUCCCCAGAGUCGGUAGAGAUUCACAGACAAAUGGAACAUUUUUUUCUAACUUUCAGAAGGUUUAGGGUGGCAUCUAAACAUCAUUCUGUAGAAAAGAUGAAUUCCAACUCUUCAUUUCUAGAUACACGUAUUUUCUGAGAUGGAAUGCUCUAGUGAAGAACUCUCAUUCAAUGGCCAACAUUUGCAACUAACCUUUAGCAAUGCUGAUUACUACUGAACAGGAAAGCAUCAAAGGUAUCUUGGGUUCCUUCACCUAUUGAAUUCCUUUAACCACAUGAUACUGCAAGGUGCUUUUUUCUCUACCAGCUAAUAAAUUGUAAUACACUUGUGGAGAAAGACAAGAGUGUAGGCACAGCCAUAGACAUUAAUACACCAAAUUCAUACAUCUUUGCACUUGAGAGAACACUCACUUCUAUACUGAAUGACAAUGAUAGUUUUAGACAUCAUGUAAAUACUAACUAGACAACCAUCCAGGGGUGGGAUUGCAGGUUUGGGCUAAGAGAACAUAGUAUAAUAUUGAAGUGCUACAUAUCAAGGUCUUUCUUGUACUCUGGUCCUACCCAC